AUGUACAGCGUUUUUGCCAUGUCUCAUUCGUCACUGGUGGAGAAGAAUAUGCUCGCAGAGAAAACAAAGAACUUUGUCAGCUGAAGCCUCGUCAUAGGGGAAGUCCUUUCCAUGGUGGACAUGGCCACAGGAGUGAAGUGUGGAAUAAUUUAUUGGCUAUUUGGUGGUGCUAUCAGGAAUCUCGGCAGCCCUGAACAUGUUACUAAGUGGUUUCAGCCACUCCAGGAGCAGAAAUACACUGGGAUGUUUGCAAUGACCGAGAGGGGCCAGGGGAGCAAUGUGAGAGGGAUCCAGACCGAAGCCACCUUUGACCUCUCUGCCCAGGAGUUUGUAAUUGACACGCCAUGUGAAGAUGCUGAGAAGAUGUAUGUUGGAAACGCCAUGUAUGGAAAUUAUGCAGCUGUCUUUGCCCAGCUCAUCAUAGAUGGAAGAUCUCAAGGGCCCCACUGUUUCAUCGUUCCUGUCCGGGAUGAAAAUUGAAGCUUGUACCCAGGAGUGACAGCUAUUGAUAUGACAUACAAGGAGGGUCUGCAUGGUGUGGACAAUGGAAUUUUAAUAUUUCACAAGGUUCGGAUACCUAGGGAAAACCUGCUGGAUAAGUUUGGUUCCGUGGCUCCAGAUGGCCAGUACCGUUCUCCUAUUAGGAACAAGAGCGCAAGAUUCAAUGCCAUGCUGGCAGCACUGACCCCUUCGAGAUUAGCUGUGGCUUUCCAAGCUGAGGGUGUCAUGAAGCUUGGGUUGACGAUAGCCAUUCGCUACAGUCACAGCUGGAGGCAAUUUGGACCCAAAGCCAAGGAAGAGGUGAAGAUCAUUGAGCACCAAACGCAGACCCUGCGGCUGAUGCCCCACCUGGCCACAGCCUUGGCCCUGACCUUCACCAGUAGGUAUGCUGGGGCCAUCCUGGAUGAGGAUGUCUUCCAGGGAAAGGAGCUGGUCAGCAGUCGCUCGCUGCAGGCUCUGGUGGCGGGGCUUAAGGCCUACAGCACCUGGGAGAACAUCAGCUGCCUGCAGGACUGCCGUGAGUGCACCGGAGGAAUGAUUGUGGGGCAGGAACUGCUGGCCCAAUACGCCAAACAGUAUGAAGAAAAACCACUCUUCGGCCUGCUCCAAAACUGGGCUGAGUCUGUGGGGUACAAGCUGAGAACCAGUUUCCUGGCAUUUAACACAGACACAGUCUAUAAUCUCGCCUUUCUGUUGAAAGCAGUGAAAUUUCGUGAACAGGUUCUUCAGCGGAGUUUGGUGGCCAGAAUUUAUUAUAAGGUGAUGACCAAGAAGGAGGAGUUUUUCCAUGCCUGUAACUCAUGUCUGCACCACGUGGCUUCUCUGUCUCUGGCACACACUCACCGAGUUACCUUAGAGCAGUUCUCCCUGGCAGUGAAGAGCUGUCCCGACAAAGAGGACCAGACUUUGUUAAUGAAGUUUUGUCUGUUGUAUGGAACCAAGCUGGUGUUUCAGGAGCGGGCCUGGUAUUUAGAACAUAAAUACUUGACUUCUGUGGCCAGCACGAGGAUCAGGAAUCAGUUGCUGGAUUUGUGCGACUCGUUGAAGGAUGAUGCCCUGAGGGUGAUAGCCGCCUUUAACAUUCCAUACACCAACCUCCAUGCACCAAUCGCCGGAAUCUCCAACCCGCGGGCCGCUUGGGCCUUCUACCCUGCACCGCUGCAACCCGUGGCGCGGGAAGGGGCGCGCUCCCAGCUGCCCAAGCUGGGAGCCAAGCUGUAA